AGGGCUUGAAGAAACUCUUCUCGGGAGCUACGAUGGCAUCCAGCCGAGGGGCCCUAGUCACCGUUGGGCAGCUCUCCUGUUAUGACCAGGCCAAGCAGCUGGUUCUAGCGACUGGCAUGGGGUUGCUGUCAGACAACAUCUUCACUCACUUCCUGGCCAGCUUCAUCGCUGUGAGCAGGGCUGGGUGCGGGGAGCCCCUGGACGUGCUCAAGACCCGCCUCAUGAACUCCCAGGGCGAGUACCGGGGUGUUGCCCACUGUGCCAUGGAAACUGCCAAGCUCGGCCCUCUCGCCUUCUACAAGGGCUUCGUUCCUGCUGCCAUCCGGCUCAUUCCUCACACCGUCCUCACCUUUGUCUUCCUGGAACAGCUGCGCAAAUAUUUUGGGAUCAAAGUGAUCACCUGA